AUGGAGAGCAGGUCGUGGCCAGACUAUGAGGGUGCAGUCACCCUGGGACAGAUUGGCAAGAAUGGUUUUGAUGUCCAAGGGAAAGAGAAAAAGGACAGCAGGGCUGAGACGUUAGAUCUUUUGGAGGGCGCAGAGCCUGAAGCCGGGCACAAAAGCUCCCUUCGCCGACGCGAGGACCUCCUUUAUGCGAUGGAAGGCGGGCAGGAAGGUGCCGAGCCGGGAGGUACGGGGCAGCCCGCGGUCGGGGGCGCCCAGGCCGCGGCGGGGCCGAGAGCACCGGUGGGGCGCGGAGGGGACCCGCUCUCCCAAACCAUUCCCGGGCGCGCCCCGGCCAGCGAGCCCCGUCAAGCUCCCAACUCCGUCCAACGGCCCCAAGUUGGCGGCCCCCGCCCCGCUCCCGCCGGGCCGCGCUUACCUCGCCGCGGGCCGCCCGCGGAGCCGGAGGGCAGCGGCGUGGGUCCCGGGGCGGCGGCCGCGCUGCGCCCGCCCAGGCGCCGCUCUUUGUCUGCGCCGCUCCCUCCUCCCGCCGCCGGGCGGACGCUGCCGGCCCGGGCGGACCCCGCCGGCCCGGGCGCCGGGAGCCUCCCUGCCGCCGAGCCCUCCCCUCCGCCCGCCGCCCGCUCGGCCGCGCGGCUCCGGCCUGACGAUCCCAGCGGCGGCGGCGGCGGCAGCGGCGGCGGCGACCCUCCCCCGGCGCUCAGCGCCCGCCUCCUCCGCGCUCUUCCUCCUCCUCCCGCGCUCCUCCCCGGCCGCGCCGUGACGCCGCCCAGGGGCCGGCCCAGGCCCCGGCGCGCGGGGCGGGGACCCGAGACCCACCUAGGGCGCCCCCCGCCGCCACCAGUCUCCGCAUCUGGGUCCCGACACGUUUUUAGUCCAUCGUCCCGUCCGAGGCACUUCCUAAAAGGAGAGGAAACUCGACCUCUGUUGCCUCACAGGCAUCCAGGCCAGCCCCAGCCAGUGGAAUCCUGGUUGCACACCCGUGGGGCAGAACCCGAAGAGGAGCUGUCCGAAUGGGCCCCUAGAAGUGUCGAUGUGAACGCCCUGAGGGCAGGAGCCAAGCCUGGUUUUCCUGUACAGUCCUGACCCUUCUCCUGCCUACCCAGUACAGAGAAGACACUUUGCAAAUCUUUCACAAUGGAUGGAAAUUCCACACUUAUGAGUGUGUCAAAGAGGAGAGUGAGCAUUAGUGAAGAGACCUAAAAAGAGGCCAUUAGGAACUCACUCUGAGAAUCUCAAAACAGAUACUGGUGGACUUACAGAAUUUUGGAUUUCAUUUCACCUACAUGACUACAUGGAGAAGGAAAAGUCUUAAGAUGGCACAGUGAUUUCAUACCCAAACUGCAAAGUACCUUCCCACAACCUCUUCAGACCCUAGUGGGGGCAGCUUAGAAGUCCAUAAAACCCAUCUCUCAGUGACUGGCAAGAUUACCUUUUUACAAACCACCAUUACAAAGAGUUAAAUUUCAUACACACACACCCCAAAAGUGGAGUGUCCUCUAUGGAUGAUCAAUACGAUUCUCCUGCUUCUAAGAAUUGUGAUCAGGACUUCAGGAAGUAACUGUGCUCUAAUUGUGUAAAUAAAGGAAAAGCAGAUGAAGUAACACUAUAAAGUUGAACGUAUGUUAGGGUACCAAAAAAACAAAGGAGGAACAUAAGUGCACUUAAACACUGGCCUAGUUUUCAGUAUGAGUUUUGUCAAACACUGCGUUACACAUCAUAACUUUAAAUUUUAACAGCUGCUUGAUCUGAAAAAUAAAAGUAAUCAAACUUUACAUUGUUUUUGAUUGUUAGCAGCAGGGCAGAGAUAGUUUCAGAUAGGAACAAUUUUAAGAGAGCUCCGUAACUUUACGAAAGCUAA